GGCGAGUGGUGGAAACUGACUGGAUUUUCUCCAAGUAGAGGUCACCCCGUCCCACCCCACCUCACCCAACCCCACCCCCCAAGAGAUGAGUGAUGCCCAAGAUCCUGCCACAAUCCCUGCGGUUGGCACCCAGGUGAAGCUGAGGGGCUGGAGCCGUCAAGGGGAGGCGGGUGAGUCUUUCCAUUUCCGCCAGCACCAGGAGCUCCAGGCCUUCCUCAGCCUUCUGGAGCACAGUUUCCUCCAGGAUUUCCUCUCCAAAGAUCCCUGUUUCCAGAUUUCAGAUAAGUAUCUCCUGGCCAUGGUGCUGGUCUACUUCCGACGCGCCAACCUGCAGCUCAGCGAGUACACACACAGCAAUCUGUUCCUGGCACUGUACCUUGCAAAUGACAUGGAGGAAGACCUGGAGGACCCCAAAAGCGUGAUUUUCCUGUGGGCGCUGGGCCAAGAUUGGCAUCGUCGAGUGGCAGACUUCCUGUGUCAGAGGGACAAGCUGUGGGCACGGAUGGGCUUCAGGGCCGUUGUGAGACGCCAGAGCUGUGAGGAGGUCAUGGCCAAGGAGCCGACCCACUGGGCCUGGACUCGGGAGAGGCAUCCCCACCACGGCAGGGCUCAGAGGAGCUACCCAAAGUCCCAGAUCCCCCUCCCCCGGGGCCCCGGCCUCUCGCCACCCCACUGUCCCCUGUGUGGCUUGCCCCCUUGCCGCAGCCACCGCUACCACCACCCCUGCCCCUUGCCUGUCAUAUCCAAGUGCCCUUCCCAAAAUGCUGAGCGGCACCGCCCUCCCUCCCAAGCUUGUCUCUCAGUGGCUGGAGGCUCCUGGAGUGGGGCCUUCCUCAUUAUCCUGCCCACCCAGCUGCAACUGGAGCCAGGCACCUACACCCUCCACAUCUUCUCAAAGCUGCUGCCGUGCCCUCGGCGCUGACACUCGCAGGGUGGAGAACAGCCCUCGUCUGCUCGCCUGCUGACCCAGUGCUCUGCUGGCUGUGGCCCCUUCGGCCUCCUGUCUUCUUGGCCUCAGGCUGGCAGGGCUGCCCAUGCCCCCUGCCCCUUCCUCCCAACCUGCAACUUGUACCCACUCUGAUCUGACUCCUCAAAUAAAUUCAUGUC